AUGAUCCGCCAGCGCUACCGCCUCAAGCACAAGAUCGGAGACGCCCUCUACGGCUCCGUCUGUGCCUGCGAGGACACGCACAACGACGACGAGCUCGUGGCCAUCAAACAGGUCUCUCUCGAGCUGGCCACCACGCUGCUCGCCGUGCAACCAAAUACCGACAACCCGUGGCACGAGCGGCGCGCCAUCACCAAACUGUUGGCGCUGCCACCGCACCCCAACAUCGUCCACUUCCGCCAGGAAUUCCUGCACAACGAGUCCUGGUUCGCCGUCAUGGAGCACUGCUCCGAGGGAGACCUUUGGGACCGAGUGCGUGGCUCGCCGAACGGCCGAGUGCCAGAGCAUGAGGCACUGCGGCUGUUUCGACAGGUCACGCUUGGCCUGCACUUCCUGCACUCGAACGGCAUCGCCCACCGGGACGUGUCGCUGGAGAAUGUGCUCCUGCGUGGCGGCGUGUGCAAGCUCUCGGACUUCGGACUCGCCACCGAUGCAAGGCGCAUGUGCACUGAAAUGGUGGGCAAGACCAACUACAUGGCGCCCGAGGUGGUGGCGGGCGAGACGUAUGCACCGGUCGCCGCCGACAUGUGGUCGCUGGGCGUUGUGCUCUUCAUCAUGCUGACGGGGUCGCCUCUAGUGCAUCGAGCCUCGGAGGAAGACAACGACUUCGUCGCCUUCCUGCAGCUCGGCGUCCGUCGCGUGGUCAAGGCGUGGAAUAUGUCCCCUUUCAUCUCGGAGGACGCGUGCAACCUCGUUUCGGCGCUGCUGCGGCGUGAUCCAAGUCAACGCCCUUUGACACGCGAUCUACUCGCACACCCACUGCUGAACAACAUUUAG